CAGGCAUAAGAGGAGGACACACCUAGACUGACUCAAUCGAUUGUGAACUAGAGAGACACAGACAGAGAGAGAGGAGAGAAGGUCAAGCUGGAUUUUUGCCAUUCAUCAACCUUUGGAUGUGCAUCAAACUACUUUCACUUCGAAUUACAGAGAUGCUGUUUUAUUGUCUUAUAGGUCGUGGGCUUGUAGAAAAUGUUUGGAUACUUGAACAAACGUAUCCAGGACUAUCUGGCGGAGCGAAAAAGCCGCAGGACCAGACUAGUUACCAAAGAUGGCCGUUGCAACAUUGAAUACGGAAACAUCAGGUACAGCACACACUUAUCCUUCCUGGCGGACUUCUGGACCACCUUUGUGGAGAUCCGGUGGCGUUUUGUCCUCUUCCUCUUCAUCGCUUCCUUCACCCUCAGCUGGUUCAUUUUUGGCCUGCUGUGGUACUGGAUUUCCCGCAGUAAUGGAGACUUGACGUGGCAAAACCCCAAAGCAGGUCACACUCCAUGUGUUGAUAACGUUGUAGGACUCACCACAGCGUUCCUUUACUCCCUUGAGACCCAGACGACUAUUGGGUAUGGUGGCCGAGCGCUCACCCCUCUCUGCCCCGGCGCUGUGGCCCUUCUCAUCAUCCAGUCCCUCCUCGGAGCCAUCAUCAACUGCUUCAUGUGUGGAGUCAUCCUGUCCAAAAUCUCUUUACCCAAAAAGAGGGCAAAGACCAUCGCAUUCAGUGACAUGGCCGUCAUCAGCCCCAAAAAUGGUUCUCUUUCCCUGUCGAUCAGAGUGGCCAACCUGCGCAAGACCCUGAUGAUUGGCAGCCAGAUCUACGGCAAGUUGCUGAGGACAACAAACACGCCUGAUGGGGAGACAAUCAUCAUGGACCAGGUGAACAUUGACUUCAUGGUGGACUCCGGGAAGGACAACCUCUUCUUCGUGUGUCCUCUCACGCUCUACCACAUCAUCGACAAGAGUAGCCCCUUCUUCGAGAUGGCGGUGGACACGCUCUACAAUCAAGAGUUUGAGCUUGUCGUCUUCCUAGACGGCACCGCAGAGUCCACCAGCUCUGCCUGCCAAGUCCGGACCUCCUUUAUUCCUCAGGAGAUCAUGUGGGGCUACAACUUCUUGCCCAUCAUCUCCAGAAGCAAAGAGGGCAAGUACAGAGUCGAUUUCUCCAACUUCUCCAAAGUGGCGCCGGUGGCCACUGCACACUGUGCCUACUGCUUCCACAACAUCAAGGGUCAUCAUCACCACUCCAGAGCUGGACAUGAAAACCAGGGCUUUGAGGUGAUUGAUAUCAACGAUCCCCCCAAUGUCACCAAGAUGUGAGAUCAUGGAUACAUUGCAAUGAACAGUAGAAGCUGAGACUGUUAGAGGCUCAUACCUCUCAUUGACAAACUCCUCAAGUAGGACAAAGUGGUGCUGGAGGCGAUGGGGUUACUUAAUGCCUAACAGCACAUUGUGUAGCAUUUAAAUAUGAAGUAGAGAAAACCCACUCAUUUGUUCUUCUAUUGUGUUUAACACAGAUAAGAAAGCCGUCUGUGGGUCACGACCCUUAUUGUGAACUAUUUGUAUGUAAAACCACACCUGCCACUGUCUGCUGACAAAACAAAACCUGUUUUCUAAAGGGAGAGGUCAUGCAAGAUGGUGAGGCUACAAUUCAACAACAGAAACAGACCCAAUUACUCACACAUGGAUUAUACAUAUGUGCUCUUGCUUUUAAUGAAGAUUUGUGGUUCUAAUUUACCUCUGGCCUCGCACAUUGGGUUUACCGAGUAUAGAGAGGCAGAAAAACAAAGCAAAUGUAUUAUCUUGUGUAUAAAUUGUACAAUUACUUGAAGGACCAGCAUUGAGGGCCAUGCUUUUGUCAUGGGUGAGAAAAAGUGUUUCAUUCAAUUAUUCAUGCUACUGUAGGCUGCUGUACACAACGAGACACUUGGACUUGAACCAUUAGAGUAUGCUUAACUAUUCAGACACUGAGGCACUAGCAAAGGGUUGGGCUCAGGGGCCACUCUUUUCAAACAGUGGCUGAUGGAGUUGUGGUUUUCUUCUCGAGUGAAGACAUUGUGAGAGAACAAAGCUUUCAGGAAACACUUAAAAUAUGCCUGCAUGCAGCACUGACUAGUAUGAAAACAAAUUGUCUUUGUUAAAUCUUUUUUUGUAUUUGAUCUCAGGGGGAAAAAUACACUGAAAUAAAGGCUAUUUUUGCAUUA